AUGAAAUCUUGCACAGAUGCUGAUUUUAAGAGAGCUGAUAGUUUGACUCCACAAAUGAACCCUUUCUUUUCUACAAAGCAAUUAUCAAGGAUCAAGACAAGCACGCCUUCUACUAGAAAAAGUGACUUUUUUAAAGAAAUAAAAGAAAUUAAUAAGGAGAGGUUGAUAAAAGAGUUAACAAGGCCUAAAAUUUUAAUACAAACUAUUAAUAUUGAAACCCCAAAGCCUCCUUCUUAUUAUAUUGAACAAGCACGUGCAGAGUACCUUCAGAAGACCGAAAAUUUUAAAGCUACAAAUUCUCGAAGUCAAACUGAUAGAAUAAAAACUACCGCUUCAGGAACUCGACGCAAAGAAAAACUCUCUGACAUUCCAAAAAACGAGCCAGUCCAAACAAAGCAAUUUUCCCAAACCGCAACCGCUAGAGCAAUCAGUCCAAUCCAAAAAGAAAGUGACAUCAAGAAUUUUAUCCCAGAGUGACUGAUGUCCAGAACCGGAUUCCAGCAGACCUACAAGCGUAUGAUGAAAGGCGACGAAAUCGACGUUGGGUCCAUCGUUUCUAUCUACCCCAAUCACAGAACCGAAGAAGAAAAAGCUGCAUUAUUUGACUGAAUAGUCAGCACUGCAUUUUUUGCAAAAAUUCCUAAACUGAUUGUAAAAGAUACCUGCGAUAAGCUGACAAGGCUUGAUUUUGAAAUUGAUAAAUAUAUAAUUCACAAAGGCGCUGUUGCUGACUGCAUGUACAUCAUUUAUAAAGGAGUUGUAGGAAUCUAUCUUCAUAGUGGAGAAAAAGUCGGCUCAAGAGGAAAAAAAGAAGUCAUAGGAGAAAUCGGGCUUGACACAGCGUCCCCUAGGAGUGCUGAUGUUAUUGCUGAAGAGCCUACAAUCACUUUUGUGUUAAAAAAAGAAGACUACGACCGUAUGCUGCUGAACAUCAAAAAGCUUGAAAGAUAUGAAAAUACCAAAUUUUUAAUGAGCAUUGAGUAUUUUAAAAGCUGGAGCUUUCUCAAAGUGCAUAGGCUCUCCAGCUUUAUGAUCAUAAAAACAUUCCCAGCUGGACAAGUUCUUUAUGACCGAAACGACCCAAGUAAUACCUUUUAUAUUAUCAAGCAAGGACAAGUAGAAGUCCAAGCUUACGUUGACUUAGAAAAACAGAAUAGAUGGCCGACCUCAUCUCAAGAGUGAGACUUAUUACAAAUAAACAGAAAGUACAUUAUAACUCUUAGUACCAUUGGCAAAGGCUGCUUUUUUGGAGAAACUGAUAUGAUUGAUGGCUGCCCUCGAAAAACCCGAGCUGUGUGUGUGACCCAAACCAUUUGUCUCACUAUUAAUAAAAAACAAUUUUUCGAAGUGUUUUCUAGUAGAGAUGUUAUGAGAUUAAAUGAGAUGAAAAGCAUUGAAAUGCCCAGCAAAGAAGAUCUCCAACAGAGACUAUUAAAAGAAAUCAAAGAAAGCCACGAAUCUGUAAGUUUUAUAUAGGAAAAAGCACUUUUAGAUGCAUUAAAUGUGGAUUAUGUAGCUAUUGAAGGAAGAGAACUUUUUGAUAAAAAAAGCAAAAGACUGAAGCAUUGGAUGACUAAUUAUAAAAAAAGAAAACUGCAGACAGAAAACCAGAUGAUUAAGAAAAUCGUAAGGAAAACCAAAACUAUUACAAGUAUCGGCAACGUCGUCGCACAAGCUUUAGGACGAGAAAGCACAGACAACUCUCCAGGUUUUUUAAUUGAGGCAGAAAUAAAUUAA